AUGGCGGUGCAGAGCAAAGGAAGCACAGAGUCUUUUAUUAAGGUUCCAGAGAUAAAGUUCGCGAAGCUUUUCAUCAAUGGAAAAUUCGUUGACUCCAUUUCAAGUAAAACAUUCGAGACAAUUGAUCCAAGAACAGAAGAAGUAAUAGCCAGAGUUGCGGAAGGAGACAAGGAAGACGUUGAUUUGGCCGUCAAAGCUGCCCGCAGUGCUUUUGAUCAUGGACCAUGGCCUCGCGUACCUGGCUGUGAGAGAGGAAGGAUAAUGCUGAGAUUUGCAGAGUUGAUUGAACAAAACGUAGAAGAAUUAGCUGCCUUAGAUGCAGGAAAGUUGUUCGGCAUGGGCAAGGCAAUUGAUAUUCCCCUUGCACCAAAGACUCUCCGUUACUACGCCGGUGCAGCUGAUAAAAUUCAUGGGAAGACACUGAAAAUGUCAAGUAACCUUCAAGGGUACACGUUGCGUCAGCCCAUCGGCGUGGUCGGACUUAUCAUCCCGUGGAACUAUCCGACCGGGAUACUUUUUAGCCCGGCGUUGGCUGCUGGCUGCACGAUGGUUGUGAAGCCUGCUGAGCAAACACCCCUCUCAGCUCUAUACUAUGCCCAUUUGGAUAAGCUUGCUGGUGUCCCUGAUGGAGUGAUCAAUGUUAUAACGGGCUAUGGACCAACAGCUGGUGCAGCCAUUAGCUCUCAUAUGGACAUCGACAAAGUUAGUUUUACAGGGUCCACGGAGGUAGGACGUCUAGUGAUGCAGGCUGCAGCCAAAAGCAAUUUGAAACCUGUCUCACUUGAACUUGGAGGCAAGAACCCCCUCAUAGUCUUCGAUGAUGCAGACAUUGAAACAGCCGCCAAUCUGGGAGAAAUUUGUGUGGCGAGUUCUCGUAUAUUUGUUCAGGAAGGGAUUUACGAUGAUUUUGCAAAGAAAUUGGCAGAGAAAACAAAAAAUUGGGUUGUUGGGGACCCUUUUGAUCCUUCUGCUAGUCAAGGACCCCAAGUCGACAAGAAACAGUACGAUAAAAUACUGUCAUACAUUGAUCAUGGCAAGAGAGGCGGCGCUAUAUUGUUACGUGGUGGAAAGGCCAUGGGCGAUAAGGGAUACUAUAUCGAGCCAACAAUUUUUGGUGAUUUGAAGGAUGAUAUGACUAUUGCCAAGGAUGAAAAUUUGGGCCUUGUUGAUGAGGCUAUUAAGAGAGCCAAUGCCACAAGGUAUGGUCUAGCAGCAGGCAUUGUGACCAAUGAUUUGAAUGUGGCCAACACAGUUUCAAGAUCAAUUCGAGCUGGAGUCAUUUGGAUCAAUUGCUACAUUGCCUCUGAUCAGGAUUGCCCUUAUGGAGGGUACAAAAUGAGUGGGUUUGGGAGAGAUUUAGGACUUGAAGCCAUUGACCAGUAUCUUCAAGUUAAAGCUGUUGUCACUCCCAUAUACAAUUCUUUUUGGCUGUGGUUAAAUCAAAACCAACGGGUCUUUGGUUCAAUGAUAUUCCUUACCUUGUAA